AUGUUUUUGCUAAUGCAGGAGUCAGUGCGGGACCUCACUCCCACUCCCACUCCCGCGCCUCACUCCAUACACUGUAGUCCCACUACCGCGCUCGGGAGCAGUUCCCGCGUAAAAACCCACUCCUGCGGGACCAUCUCUUCGCUGAUUAGUCACAACACUAAACACUGUUGUAUGUUCAAAUCUGCUGAGCAUUGGGAUGACGUGUUCAGAGGGUUGAGUCGCAAAUACGGUCAGGUAUUCACCGUUUGGUUCGCAAACACACCUCUAGUGGUCAUUACGGACAUAGAUAUAGCGCGGGAGGCAUUUCAUAAGAGAAAUCUCACCGGACGACCAAGCUCAUAUUUCGCCAAACAAUUGUCAAAUGAUAAUCAUCGAGAGGUGGUCUUUAGUGACGGACACGAGUGGGAAGCAAUCAGACGGACCACACAACCGGCCAUUCAGUUCAGUAUUGUUAACACAAACCGAUCUAAAAGGAAAUAUUCAACACUCGAUAAACUCAUAUAUUUAACCGUUGAUUGUGUCGACCAAACCGUCAAAUCUAUGAUCGAUAGGGAAGGACUGGACAAACCAUUUAUUGUGAAGGACUAUAUCUUUUACAUGUUUUUCAACAUCAUAUCCGCCAGCAUUUUAGGCAAAAGCUACACAAUGGAUGACCCGGAAUUGAAACGAUUUAAAUACGUGUUAAUGGACGUAGGUCAUGAGGUGGGCGCCAGGUUUAUGUUAUGGGAUUUCUCGUCAUUUAUACGACUAUUGGACAGGAGAUCAGUGCAAAAACAACAACAAAUUUUGACCGAGAUGAGUUUAAUGAUUAGAAAUAAAUUCAAAGAUCAUUACGCGGACUACUCGGAUGCUAUUGAGAGAGACAUUUGCGAUGCACUCAUAACCGCUAAGAAUGAGGCCCUCAGAGAGGGUAAAGAGUGGGCCCCUUAUCUCACCGAUGAUAACCUGGCGAUGUCUGCGAUGAGUCUGUUUCUGGGAGGAAUAAGCACCUCGCAAAACACCUUUCAAUGGAUUGUGCUAUUGAUGUGCUAUUACCCGGAAGUGCAGCGAAAGUUGAGACAAGAGAUUGAGACACAAAUCGGAGACCGAAUGCCAACACAUGAGGACAGGAAUCGAUGCCAUUAUGUCAUGGCUUUCAUCGCUGAGACCCUGAGGUUCAGAAAUAUUAUUCCGAUUGGUGUCCCACACAGAGCUCUCGUCGACAUUCAAAUUGUAGCCCUGAAGCCCAUAAAUGUUAACCAAUCCGUAUUCUGGUACACUUAA